AUGCAAACCACCGAAAAUACAAAUGAAUGUAUCAAUUGGAUUGAAGAAGCCAUUUCUAAGGAAUAUUUUAGACUUUAUGAAUAUAAAUAUUUUAGUAAUGUUCAAAAAAUUGGUACUGGAGGAUUUGGAAAAGUUUAUCGUGCAAAUUGGAAAAAUUCAGAACAAUAUUUAGCGUUGAAAUCCUUUUUCAAUGUUGAUGACGUAAUUGCAAAAGAAAUAGUUCAUGAGUGGACGAAAAAAAAUAAAAACUCAAAUCAAACAUGUUCAUUUAAUGAAAAAUGUGACAUUUAUAGUGUUGGUGUGUUAUUUUGGGAGAUAUCUAGUGAAUGUUGGGAUAUUGAACCAGACAAUCGUCCAACUAUAAAUCAAGUAUUAGAAAGAUUAAAAGUAGUUAUAACGAAAACAAAAGAAAAUCAUCAAACGGAAUUUAAUCUUCAAUCAACAUCAAUAGAUGGACAUAAUUUUAAUCCAAUCAAUAUUGAUACUUCAAAUAUUAACAAUUCAUUACAUGGAGAAAUGUCUCAAAUUAUUGAAAAUGUUGAUAAAAUUAAUACAAAAGAAAUA